ACAUCUCAAGCAAAGCAGAAAUGGACCCAACGUCAGCAAACACAACAAACAUCAUAAAAAUACAAACCCUCUCUAAUUUCCACAAAACACAUCUUCUACCUUAUAAAAUGACACAAAGUUCAAAUUAUAAAUAAUUUCUUUUAUUCACCACCAUUAAUAUAUAAAAAUAUAAACAUGUCGUGCCACUUAUUUUAUUAUAUUUUAUAAUUUUCAUCUUUCGUCUUUUCAUGAUAGAAGCUGGCAAUUGGAAGAGAUUGAAUUGGAUAAUUGUUUGCGUUAAGAAUUUUUUUCUGUAAUUUUUUAUGGUGACUCACCACCAAGUUGAAAAUAAAUAGAAAAAGCUUCAUAAUAAUUCUCAUAUAUUUUAUAUUUUAAAAAUUUAUCUUCCGAGGAAAUCGAGGAAGAACCAAGUACGAGAAAAGAGAGCAUGGAUUCUUCGCCUUCCCAAUUUGUUUCCUCAAGAAAUAUUGGUGUAUAUGAUCCUAUGCAUCAAUUUAGUAUAUGGGAAGAACAUUUCAAGACUAAUGGUGAUUUAAGUGCAUCCAUGUCUUUGAUUGAGGAGGCUGAUAUGAAGUUAAAUAAUCAGGAUGCUUCUUAUGGAAUAUUAGGAACAUCUAUCAAGUUUGAGCAAGAAGGUAACAAAAUUACUAAUAAGAUGCAAAGACGUCUCGCGCAAAAUCGAGAGGCUGCUCGUAAGAGUCGUUUGAAGAAAAAGGCUCAUAUACAACAAUUAGAAUCGUGUCGCUUAAAGCUGUUGCAGGUAGAGCAAGAGCUUGAUCAUACAAGACAACAGGGAUUGUAUAUAGGUGGUGGGUUGGAUUCUAAUCAUUCUGGUUUUGCUGGUUCUGCAAACUCAGAAAUAGCAACUUUUAAGAUGGAGUAUGAACACUGGGUGGAAGAGCAAAACAGACAAAUUUUGGAAUUGAAAAGUGCUUUAAGUGCUCAUAUCAGUGACAUACAGAUUGGGGAACUUGUAAAUGGCAUCAUGAACCACUAUUUCAAACUCUUUUGCAUGAAAUCUGAUGCUGCAAAAGUAGAUGUUUUCUAUGUUAUCACCGGCAUGUGGAAAACAACGGCUGAAGGGUUUUUCUUGUGGAUUGGAGGUUUUCGCCCCUCUGAACUUCUAAAGGUUCUGGUGCCUUUGAUUGAACCAUUGACGGAGGAGCAACGGUUUGAUGCAUAUAAUCUUGAGAAGUCAUGCCAGCAAGCAGAAGAUGCUCUCUCAAAAGGUAUGGAGAAACUCCAGGGAAUGCUUGUUGACACAGUUGCAGCAGGAAACUUCGUCGAAGGAAUUUACAUUCCGCAGAUGGCUACUGCAAUAGAGAGGUUGGAAGCUCUAGCUAGCUUUGUGAACCAGGCCGAUCAUCUACGACAGGAAACCUUGCAACAGAUGUGUCGAAUACUUUCCAUACGUCAAACAGCUCGAUGGUUGCUUGCUUUGGGUGAAUAUUUUCAACGCCUAAGGAAUUUGAGCAAACUUUGGGCCGAUCGACCUCGCGAUCCUGCUUAGUCUUCAAGCAAGAGAUAGAAUAAACUUGUAAUUUUGACACCAUGGUCAUGAUUAUGACCCAACUUAUCAAGUGUCUACAUUCAAAACCAUGUCCAAUGGUUGUUGGCAAGGAUGUGCCUUAUGAAGUUGUAAAUAUGACUGCCGAUUUAUGAUAGGUGAUUAUGGUGAGUCUAUUGAUAUUCAUAAUGUAAAAUGUGUAUAACUUAAUGGUAAAGCUAGGUGUUUUGAACAAGAA